AUGGAGGGAGAUAGCAUCGUCGACAGUCAGGAAGAAAGCGAUAACGAGAGCGAGGUAGACAAGGAAGAGGAAGCGGAAAGCGAUUAUGGCGAUCUUGAGGAAGAUGAGAUUGAUCCUAACUUUGGACAUAAUUUGAACGAGCCGCUUCCAGAGGAGAGCGAAUACAAUCCAAUCAAGAGAGAAUACCCAGAGAUCGACCCUGUCUAUGAUAGUGAUUCAUCCACAGAAGAGAAUGAGAAUACAGUCGGUAACAUUCCAAUGCACUGGUAUGAUGAUUACCCUCACAUUGGCUACGACAUCAACGGCAAAAAGAUUAUGAAGCCAGCUACUGGUGAUGAACUUGACAAGUUCCUUAGUACGAUGGAUGAUCCAGAUUCAUGGUUGUCAGCUCACAACUACAAGGAAGGACAGGAUGUCAAGUUGACUGCAGAGGAGCUUGAAAUUAUCCGCAGAUUGGAGGGCAACAGAAUUCCAGAUGCGGAGUACAACCCAUAUGAGGAGCAGGUUGAAUUCUUCACAUCAAAGACAGAAGUCAUGCCCUUGUCUGCUGCUCCUGAGCCUAAGCGUCGCUUCAUUCCCUCUAAGCAUGAGGCAAAGAGGAUCAUGAAGAUUGUUCGUGCUAUUCGUGAGGGUCGCAUUGUCCCUCGCAAGUCUGGCUAUGUACCUCCCAAGCCAAAGUUUUACAAUCUUUGGAAUGAUGCUGAAGAUAAGCCAAGAGAAGAUCAUGUUAUGCAUAUCGCUGCACCUAAGAUGAAGUUGCCCACUCAUGAUGAAAGCUACAACCCCCCAGCAGAAUAUUUGCCAACAGAGGAGGAGAUCAAAGAGUGGAACGAAAUGGAUAAGGAGGACCGUCCAAAGAACUAUCUCCCACAAAAAUAUAAUGCUCUUAGGAAUGUACCUGGUUACGGUCAAUUUAUCCAGGAACGGUUUGAGCGUUGUUUAGAUCUUUAUCUUGCGCCUCGUGUGCGUAAGAACCGCCUCAAUAUUGAUCCUGAAAGUUUGAUACCCAAGCUGCCCUCUCCUCGAGAUCUGCAACCAUUCCCUACGCGUCUUGCAAUUGAAUUUUUGGGUCACAUUGGUCGUGUUCGCUCCAUUUCUGUGGAUCCCUCUGGCUUGUGGCUCGCCUCCGGAUCAGAUGAUAAGACUGUUCGUAUUUGGGAGGUUGCCACUGGAAGAUGCAUGACCAUUUAUCAUUUGGACGAACUUGUCACGUCAGUUGUUUGGGGACCAAACAAGGAGGUUGCUGUACUUGCUGUUGCUUGUGGAUAUAAGAUCGGAUUGAUUUUGCCUGAGAAACUUUUUUCGCCCGAAUUGACGCUUCAUUCGGAAGAAUACUUAAAGGCAGGGUUUUCCAACAACGCUACUGUAGAAGCGAACCCUAAGGCAACAUGGAAGCAGCCAACGCCCUCUGAAUAUGAGAAGGGUAUUCGAGUGUGGAUUCAUCUGCAAAAGCCAGUGAAGCAGGUCACAUGGCAUCGCAAGGGAGAUUAUUUUGCGACUGUUGCACCUGAGGCCAAUAACUCCGCAGUCCUGAUCCACCAACUCACUAAGCACCAGACGCAACAGCCUUUUAAAAAGAACAAGGGUGCUGUUCAGCGCGUCAUGUUCCAUCCUAACAAGCCCAUGUUCUUUGUCGCAACUCAACGCUAUGUUCGUCAAUACAACUUGCAACGUCAAGAGUUGGUCAAGACCAUGCAGACAGGAGUCAAGUGGAUUUCAUCUUUGGAUAUCCACCCUGCAGGAGACAAUCUGAUCAUUGGAUCUUAUGAUAAGCGUCUUUGCUGGUUUGAUCUAGAUCUGUCGUCGAAGCCCUACAAGACUUUAAGAUAUCACCAGCAAGCGAUUCGCUCUGUUGCCUAUCAUAAACGUUAUCCACUUUUUGCAUCUUGUGCAGACGAUGGCAAUGUCCAGAUUUUCCACGGCAUGGUUUACAAUGAUCUGCUGCAAAAUCCCCUCAUUGUGCCUGUCAAGAUUCUCAAGAAUGUUCAUGAGCGUGUUGAAGCACUUGGUGCACUUUGUGUGGAGUGGCACCCCAUCCAGCCAUGGUUGAUCUCGAGUGGAGCAGAUCACACUAUCAAGCUGUUCUCAUAG